AUGAUGAUAAUACCACCCACCACUUUCAUUCUAGAAUCUAGAAGAAAAAUGUUAAAUAUGGCGUUUUUUAAAUAUUUCUGGACUGUAGGUAAUAAUUGGAAACUUAUUGCUGGUAAAAAAGAAGGUCAAACUCAAGUAAGUUGGUCGCAGUUUGAUAAUAUUUGUAGAUGGGAUUUUCCUAUUGAUGUCCAUUUAGUUACUACAGGGAUAAAGGGUUGGCCCAAAAUUUACAUUGAAGUAUACCAUUUUGAUUGGCUAGGACGAGCUCAUAUUUUUGGAUACGGAACUGUAACUGUACCAACCAGCCCCGGAUCUUAUACUCUCGAUUGUUACACUUGGAGACCGUUUGGUAAUUUGAGACAACGUUUUGUCCAAUAUUUUAUGGAAAUUUUAGUAACUAUGGAGUUGAAUACUAAAAUGAAAAUUCUUAUUUUCAUUGGAUUAUUGGCAACUGUUGCCAUAGCCAAAGAUAAAGCCACAACUGCAGCUUCAACUACAGAAAAGCAUACUACUUCUACUAUAGCUGAAGAAAAUUUUACCGUAGCCAAUUCUAUAUGCGAGGACAAUUCCACGUAUUGUGAUAAUUCAACUGAAGUUCCAUUUUCGAAUUUUACUAUUACAUCUUUAAAAAAUGAGACUGUUAGGAAAGAAAUUGUUCCUGUAGGAGUAUCUGUACAGGAGGAUUUUUGUACGUGCGAUUUGCAACCUAUCAGAACGUUCGUCGAAACUCAAACAGAAAAAGUCAACAAAUUUUCAUGGCGAAAAGAACUGAUAAACGAAAACGAUAUAUUUAAUUCUUCUAAAAAAAUAUUAUAUGGUAGCUCUAUGUGGCUUGUCAAUAGAAGGGGCAUACAUAAAUUUGGGGUACUCAACAGUUUUAUUACCAACCGAUGCAUUAUAAAGGAAGCAGUGUUUUAUUUAAAAAACCUAGAUACAAAAUGUUCUCAGAACGAAAUAUAUGAAGAUAAUCCGUACAUAAAUUUAAAAUACUAUUUUCAAAAUGUCUAUCUUAUCGCCAAUCCCAUGCUAGUGAACUUAACGAAAUGGAAACAAAAAGUGUUCGAGAACUGUCCUCGAAAUGUGUGUAUCUCCAUAAUUCCAAAAAUAUGUGAAAAUUAUUUAAAAAAUUGUAAAGAUAUAAAAAACGAUUCAAAAAUUCUAACGGUUAAUUGCAACGUUUCCUUAACUACGAAAAUGAAUACAUGUUACAAUGUAGUUAAAAAGUUACGAUACAAUAUAUUCCACAACGGCACUAAAGGAGCUGGUCACAUCGAGUUACUAGCUGUCCUUAAUAACAUCACUUACGAAUUUGGUGGCGAAUCGUCGGAAUUUGACCAAGAAUUUUCAGUUAGAUUUUUUUGGACAAAUAGUACUGGUGAUAUCAAAGAUCUCAGUGGAAAUCCUGGAUAUUUAAUAAAGAAACCUAUAUUUACCGGUAAACUUUUGACUAUAAAAAACGGUAGUGAUACGUCGUUGAAAAUACAAAGGACUGUAAAAGAUGCAAAAGAAAGUUUUCUAACAAUUCCUGAUAAUAUCGAUGGCAGCUGUGUUUUCAACGGAACCCACUUUACUAAAAUAGAAUUUGGCUACAACUUAAUAAGUAAAUGCAAAUAUAGAUUGACUUCUUUUAGUACUAGAAAAGGUGCUAAUGGUACUGAAAUGUGCAGAGCAUUACAGCGAUCUGUUUUGGAAAUGUGGAACUUUAACAAUACGAUGAUAGGCUUCUUUGGAAACGCAGAUGAGAACAAUCUGGAUGACUGGAUUAAAGCUCUGUACAAAAAAGAUUUAAACUCUUUAUUAAACAAUACUUUAGGCUACUUUUCGUCGAAAAUGGGACACUUAUCUUGUUUGAAUUUGGUCAGUGAUCUAGAGAUCGAUAUAUUUCAUUCUAGAAUCGAUAUUGAUAAUUUGCUAAACCAAGAGAAAAUUUUAGCUGCGACAUUCUCUUUUGGUGGCUUUACAAACCAAACGUUACUUUUUAACAAAAACACUAGUUCCGUGGAUUAUGUGACGAGCCUAAAAACUACGGUAACUUUUUAUGAUUUGACUACCCAAAAGAGAAAGAAGGCAGUCGAUCCACCGAGUUUAGAAAUUAAACUACCUUAUGAUUUUUUCUAUCCGUUUGUAAGAAUCAAUAAUGAUUGUUCUAAUAUAAGAUUGAAUGUUUUAAUAUUUAUAUUAACAUUAGUUAUAGUAAUUCAUUUUAAAUAAAGUUAUUUUGUCAUGCU